UGGUCAGGUGGCCAGGAAACACAGGAUAGGCUGAUAGAGAAGAGAGGGGCGGAGCCUGAGCGCCUGGAAACUCGCCCGGGCAGGACCGAGAAGUCGCCCGUGGCUCCUUGGCCGGCCCCCGUCCCAGGUCCUGGAUCCCCGAAGUCACCGCGGCGGCGCCCAACUGACAACCGGAAAGAGCCUGGUCAUCACCCCCAGCCCUGGGCACUUCCUUACAGAGACUCACUCACCGGCCGGGCGGGCCUCCCGGCGCGCCGUCCCCCGAGCGCAGCACCUCGGCCCGGGGCCCCUCUUCCGCGCCCGCCCGGGGUCCCCGCUCCAGCGACGCCUCUCCGAAGCCGCCGGCCGAGCUUCCCCCGAGCCGGGGCCACGGGGCGUCGGGCUGAGAUUCGAAAGAGCGAUUCAAACUGAAAACCCCAAAACGAAACCCCGAGGAGAGUUUCGGAACUUCCCUUGUCGCUGUGAACUCAGUCUCAACCUGCGCUGAAGAGACCUUGGCUGGACCGUGCAGGCGAGGGCCGCGCCCCGCCGAUCGCAGGAGCCGGGUGCGGAGAAGGAGUGGGCGGGCUUCCUCAGUCUGGGACUGAAGACUUUGGGCGGUGCCAGGAGACAGAGGUAUAGACACAGCCCAGGCUACCUUUCCUAAAGCUGCAGGGAGAAAUGUCAGUGGCUCACACCGCAGGUCAUCUUUUGCUGACACUGCUGCUGACAGAAGCCGGGAAGACUCUGGGCAAUGCCCAUUCUCUGUGCCUUGACCUCACUAUCAAAUCUCAGUCCAAAUCUGGCCAGCCCUGGUGUCAAGUCCAGGGCUCUGUGGACGCAAAGCCUUUCCUUCAGUAUGACAGUGACAGCAACAAGGUCAAACCUUUGGGUUUGCUGGGAAAGGAGGUAAACGACAUGAAAGUGUGGACUGAAUUGAACCAAACACUGGCAGAAGCAGGAAAAGAGCUCAAGAUGGUCCUGCCUGUCAUCAAACUGGACAAAAAGGAGAUGAGGGGUCCUCCCACCCUGCAGGUCAAAAUGUGCUGUCAGCGUGAAGCUGAGCAAUGCUCUGGUGCAUCCUUGCACUUCAGCCUCAAUGGACGGACAGCUCUCCUCCUUGACACCAUGAGCAUAACCUGGACAGUCAUCGAUCCUGGAGCCACAGGCAUCAAGGAGGAGUGGGAGAACAACCAGGAACUGGCAGAGUAUUUCAGGAAGAUCUCAACAGGAGACUGCAGUUAUUGGCUUAGGGAAUUCCUGAAACACUGGGAGAACAUGCUGCUCCCAGAGCCCACAGAACCACUAAUAAUGGCCCCAGAUAUCAGCCAGUCGGCAUCCAUCUGAUUGGUUGCUUGCAUUAUCCUAUUGAUCAUCACCCAGUUAGUUCUAAUUGCUUCAUCGUCAUGAAUCUUAUGAAGAAAUCAGGGACCAUAGCAGCAUUAUCUAGCUGAACAUUUCCCCCAGUGUUCUAACAGCUAUUCCAUCAUUUGGAUGUUUCUCCCUGGACUAUGAGAAGGUACAAUGUUAACCCAACUCUGCGUGGCAAACACUGACCCUUGAUGACAGUCUGGCUGUUGAUCUCAUAUACUACCUUCUACUCAGAGUGGGGUUUAACAAGAAGGUAAAGAAGCUUAUGCUUAAGAAUUCCUUCACUUUCCACGACUGUUGAUGGGCCCUUAAGAUGUAUUGACUUGGUCAUUUGGAGGAUUUGCAAAAGUCAAAUAUUUGCCCACAAUCAGUUAAGACUUCCAAUUCUAUUCUUUCCAUCAGACUUCCCUUCAUGUGGGGUGGAAUUGGGAUGGGGGCAGGGUUGGCAUUUUUUUAAUUCUGUUAAGAAGACAAUGCAUUAGGGAUAUACUUCUGUGAUUUAAUGAGACAUAAUUUAUGUGUUCACACUCACUUUCAUGUAUAGUUAAGUUAACACAUGCUUUUAUGGGCUGAAUGUUCUUAAUUCAUGUGAUAAAAUCCUCACCUCCAGAAAGACUUGUUGAAACCACUUAGUCGGCGGUGUGCGGUUAUAGUCUGUGUUGUGAUACAAUAGGAAGUAUACGUUUGGUCAGAGUCCUGGUUCCUGGAGCAGAGUUUCUAAAACCCACAUUUUGGUAGCAUAUUUGGUGUUCUGAGUAUAGAAAAACAGCUUUUCUUUAGAGACCUAGCAGAUUAAUACAUAUGCAGAAACCACAGUCAAGUGCUAACUGCCUAGAUGUCAUGACACAAAAGUAUGAGGCUACCAGUUGAAUUAUCAUGUAGAUUAAUAUGCAUAUUAACAUACUAACAUGUUAAUGCAUAAAAAUGUAUCCAGGACAGAAGAAAGGAUAAAGUGUGAUAUAGCCAGAAAUGGAACACUAUAAUGCAAUCAAUAAAGAAUGAAUUACUGCAGUAAAAACAUAGAUGCCUCAUAAAAAGGAUUUGAGAGGCAAGUGCUGGACACAAAAGGAUACGCUGUGGUACUCCUCUAUUUGUUGUGUUAUAUGAUUGUGCAGUUUAACUGAAUUAUCUUUUUAAGAUGUAUUUAUUUUUGGUUGUGCUGGGUCUUCACUGCUGUGUGUGGCCUUUCUCUACUUGCUGCUCUCUAGUUACGGUGCAAGAGGCGCUCACUGUGAUGACUCUUCUUGUAGCAGCGUGCAGGCUGUAGGCUGUGGGCUUCAGAAGUUGGGCACACAGGCUCAGCAGUUGAGGCUCCCAGGCUCCAGAGCACAGCCGCAGUAUUUGUGGCCCAUGAGCUUAGCUGUUUCACAGCAUGUGGGAUCUUCCCGCACAGGGAUUGAACUCGUGUCUCCUGCAUUGGCAGGCAGAUUCAUUACCAAUGAACCACCAGGGAAGCCCCUAAUCGAAUUAUUAAAAAGACAUUCUAAGCUUGCUUCUAAAUCACGUCUCAAUAAUUUAUGGAUGAAGAUUAGAUGUUCCAUGACUUGCAACCAGGAAAUUAUGCAUACUGGAAAAGAUAUUAUUUAAAGGACUACCCACAACCUGGAUGGACACUUAUCAGGUGCUCUAAACCAGCUCAUGCACAACAAAACUGUAGAGAAUUAGCUCUUGGAUGAAUAUUUUCCACUUAGAAAGGGCGACUGCACUGAACUGGCUAACAGAACACUGCUGACGUCAGAAACACCUAAAAACAAUGCUCAAACACAGAGGAUGUUUGAGCUCAUACAUUCAUACCAGGAUGAGAAGAAGACAACAUCGGAAAAAAUUUUAACCUUUCAGUUUUCACUAAUGUCUAGACAAACUUGAAGUUUUCUCCUGUCAGGAAUAUAUUCAGUGAUGCAGAGAAUUCAAUUAUACACUGUACCUUUUUUGCCCAAUGAGAAUCACAUGAAUGUUUAUUGAAACUCCUUUAUUUUAGGGGCCCAAAUGUGGUGAAGUCCUACCAUUAGGUGAAGGAGACCUCACCUGGAAAUAGGGUGUGUGCAGAUGUAAUCCAACCAAGGUGAGGUCAGCGUAGAUUAGGUUGGGCUCUAAUCCAAAGACUAGUGCCUUUACCAGGAGGCACGCCUUUAAAGAAAUGUAGGCACGCAAAGAAGAGAUGUACCGGGAGCCAGCGUGAGGAAUCCUGUCCAUGGCAAAGGUCGUGAGAAAGGAAGCCAGACAUACGCAAAGGCGUGAUCUGGCUUCAGGGCUUCCCUCUGGAUUUUCCUGAAUGUCUACCCCCCAAAACCAGAGUCUGCCUGCCUUAUUGUACUGUGCCUUCCACUCUUCUGACAUAUCAGGGGGCCAUCACCGAUCUACUUCCUCUAAAAGGAGUUAACUUAGGGAUCCAGUUAACAGUCUCCUGCAUAUAAAAAGAAUGUCUUGGUUUAAACCCCUUUGAUGGCUUUCUGACUUACCUGACCGGUCUGCCCGGACUUUUAAAACUUUUGAUUGUUUACGGCCCCCAACCGCGAGAGGCACAAAGCUUACAGCAUCUACAGAUACAGAGCCUUUUCUAAAGA